AUGAUCCACACCAAAGACUUUUCCGUCAGAGAGUUGUCUCCCUUGAGCAGCAGCAGCAGAGCCGGCACCAAGCGAUCGGCCGCCAAUGAUGCAGAUGGAGGGGUCUUGGGCGAUCUAUUCCGUGCUCGAACCGAUGCCUUUCCCACUUCAUCCGUCAUGCACCACAAUGAUGACUUGCCUAUCCAACGAGUGGCUCCUCUGGUGUCGACCAUGAUUGGAGAAGAGUCAUCUCUCUUUCCAAACUGUCACGUCAUGAAGUCAUCAUCUGCUGCUCAAGAGCAACCAUGUUCGAGUCUGUUUCGUCAGCUUGUUCACACGAAACGAUUCAAGCCUUCCUCCUCUCUACAGCAAAGCAGUGACAAGACCGAAAACGACUUUGUCUUUCCGUCGCAACAUUCUACACUCUUUGCUCUUUCCGCACUCCCCAGCCACAAUACGCGACCAGCAUCUGGAGAUGAAUUGCUGGAUCAAAGCCUCCGUUCCUUGACCACUGCCUUGUUGAUCACUCGACCAGCAGCAGUAUCCACCCAACAACAACCAUCAUGCCGCAAGCGACCGCGUCAUCAAGCCACGCGCAUGCGACUGGUCGGGCAAGUUUUGGGUCAACAGGGAGUGCGGCGGAUCGUGUCGUUGGUCAAGGAAAUCAAACAACAACAGCAGCAAAACAACAAGUUGGUAGAAGCUUGGGAAAACACGCCGUUGGAUGAUUUGAAGAAACAACCUUGGGAAGACUUGAUGCGAUCGGCCGAGGAGCAAUUGCAAGCAUCCAACGCAUGA